CGGGUGCGGUUCCCCCAGCCCCGGGCCCUGCACAGACCAGACGCGGCUCCGAGCCGGCGCUUUGCGAAGUUCCGUCCCGCCCAGCUUCCCGGACACCCCAAGCCCACCCUGCGCCCCCAGGCCCUUGAGAUUUCGGUCCAAACCCUGCCCCUGUGCGCUUCCCUCCGUUCCACCUGCGGGCGGCAGGGUGGGGAACGGGGAACAGUCUCGGGCCCGCGCCGGCCCAGGUGCAGCCCCUUCCCCAGCUUCUUCUCUCGAGCGGACGCGCCACGUCCCCACUCGCCGUGUGGCCUCCCCCGCGGGCACCCAGGCUGCGCCCAGCAAGACGCGGCCUCCUCGGCUCGUAGUUGGCGUCCAGGGUCUAUCGAAGCCCAUUUAGGGGAAAGCCGCCAGUCCGCGCCUCCCCGGCCCCGGGGUCCCUCCCUCUCCGUCCCUCUUGCCAAAGGCCGGGCCGGGGCGUCCUUGGCUUCCCCAGAGGGCUCGGGGCAGCAGCGGGCCAGCUGGUUCGCUUCAGGGCGGUCGCCGCCCCCACCCCCCGGCAGGGCUGUAACCCGAGCCGGGCCGCCGCCACCUCCCCUCUGACUCCCUCGGCCGCCGCUCAGCCCCGUGCCGCGCAGUGCCGAGGCGGCCCCGACAGACAGCCCGCCGGCCCGCAGACGCCGCCAUGGAGCUCGGGGCCUGUGCGCCCGCCGCCACCGCCGCGCCGGGGGCCCUGGGGCGGGGUGGCCAUCGGCCGGCCUUGCUGGGCACUUUGUUGGGCACCUUGUGCCUGCUCCCCGGGCUCCUGCUGCUGGCCCGGCUGGGGUUGCCAGCCGCCCGGAGCGCGGUGCAGGGGGACGUGACUUCGCCGACCCCUGCCGGAGUCCCGGCCAGGCUGGGCCCGGGCCCGCUGCCCCCGCAGGCGCCCCGCAGACGCCGCUACACGCUGACGCCAGCCCGGCUGCGCUGGGACCGCUUCAACCUCACCUACAGGGUCCUGUCCUUCCCUCGGAACCUGCUGAGCCCCAGCGAGACGCGGCGGGGUCUGGCCGCAGCCUUCCGCAUGUGGAGUGACGUGUCCCCCUUCAGUUUCCGCGAGGUGGCCCCGGAGCAGCCCAGUGACAUCCGCAUAGGCUUCUACCCCGCCAACCACACCGACUGCCUGGCCUCGGCGCUGCACCACUGCUUCGACGGGCCCACGGGCGAGCUGGCGCACGCCUUCUUCCCCCCGCACGGCGGCAUCCACUUUGACGACAGCGAGUACUGGAUUCUGGGCCCCACGCGCUACAGCUGGAAGAAAGGUGACGGGGCGGCGCAGGCGGGCGGGGGCCUGGAGGCCGCGGGCCUGGGUCCCAGAUGCCGCGUCCCGCUACAGCCCGCACCCUGGGGGAGGCGGGGCUGCAUUCCUGGGGGCCGAGCUCAGCGCCUGGGCUGGGCCCAGUCGGGGCGCAUUCUUAUCUGCGCCCGGGGCGGCCCAGCAGCACAGCUGCCGGCGUGGGUGGGCGGGGGCGGCGCGGGCUCUGACCACGGCCCCGCAGGCGCGUGGCUCACCGACCUGGUGCACGUGGCGGCGCACGAGAUCGGCCACGCGCUGGGCCUGAUGCACUCGCUGCAGGGCCGCGCGCUCAUGCACCUCAACGCCACGCUGCGCGGCUGGAAGGUGCUGUCGCAGGACGAGCUGUGGGGGCUGCACCGGCUGUAUGGCUGCCUGGACCGCCUGUUCGUCUGCGCCUCCUGGGCCCGGAAGGGCUUCUGCCAAGGCCGCCAGAGGCUGAUGAAGAGGCUCUGCCCCAGCAGCUGUGACUUCUGCUACGAGUUCCCCUUCCCCACGGAGGCCACCACCCCGCCUCCUCCCAGGACCAAAACCAGGCUCGUGCCAGAGGGCAGAAACAUGACCUUCCGCUGUGGCCAGAAGAUCCUGCACAAGAAAGGCAAAGUGCACUGGUACAAGGACCAGGAGCCCCUGGAGUUCUCCUACCCCGGCUACCUGGCGCUGGGAGAGGCACACCUGAGCAUCAUCGCCAACGCCAUCACAGAAGGCACCUACACGUGCAUGGUGCGCUGGCGCCGCCGAGUGCUCACCACCUACUCGUGGCGCGUACGCGUGCGUGACUGAUAAAGCACUUUCGGCUCCAUCUCGGCCCUUCUUGGGGGGCGCGCAGGGGGCCAGUGUGGCCGAGUCAGACCCCACACCUGGACUGACCAGGAGGCACAGAGAGGCAAGAACUCUUCCAGGCAGCUCCUGGGAAGUGGAAUUCAGUGAGGCCAGAUGCUCGGGACAGGGGGCCAGCACCGCACCCCUCAGCCCUCCCGAAGGCCAACAGGCCGUCCUGAAAGAACAGACCAGACCAGACUUUCCUCUGAGAAACUUUACUACAUUUUGGAACACGACGAACUUAUACAAAACCAGGUGGCCCUCUGGGCUCAGCUCUGGGCUCCGGGAAGGCCCGAAGUUCAGUCCAUCAGGCCCUCUCUGGGCCUCUGGCGGGCCAGCCCGUCUCAGCUGAAAAAAUACAUCCUUUGCUUCCACACGGA